CAUAUUCCACUUAAUCAGAAAAUGAAUUCUGCAUUUGCUCAAAUAUUCUGAGGAACGACUGAGUCGUAAAAAUUCUUAUUUUAAAAUCAAUAUGAAAGCAUGUGCAUCAGUGUUAACGUUUUUCUUGUUUUUAAUUAUACUGAAGGCUAAAGGCUUAAGAUUUCAAAAACUGUUACAAGAAAACGAUUCCGCAAAUCUACAUGGAUUCGACAACAAGACGCUGUUAUUACAGAACGAUCCUGCAGCCUGCAAUUGCCAUCAAACGCAAGAGUGUUUCAUAAAUGAAAAUGGAUCUCCUGAUUGUAGGUGCCCUCCAAAUAAAACUGAAGUCGAAGGAAUUGAUAUUAAAGUUUGCAUUGACUGCAACUGCCACCCAUCACAAGAGUGUUUCGUAAAUGCAUACAUUUUACCUGAUUGCAGAUGUCCUUCAGGUAAAAUUGCGAAAGAACAUGACGGUGUUAUAGUUUGCAUUGAUUGCAAUUGCCACUCUUCUCAAGAAUGCUACCUGAAUUCAGAACGGAAUGCUACCUGCAGAUGUGGAAUAAAUAAAAUAGAAAAAGUGGAUGAAUAUGGCACUGUAUCUUGUCUUGAGUGUGUUUGUCCGCAUACAUAUGAGUGCUACUUGGACGAUAGAGGAGAGACUGGCUGCAGAUGUCCUGAUGGAAAGAUUAAAGGAAGAGACGGCAUAACAAGUGAAUUUUCUUGUGUGGAUUGUAAUUGUCCAUAUUCAUAUGAGUGCUUUCUAAACGACCAAAGACAACGAGACUGUAGAUGUCCUAGUGGAACAAUUGAACUGACUGAAAACGGUGAAAAUGUUUGCUACAAUUGCAAUUGCUCACAAACCUACGAGUGCUUCUUAAACGAUCAAAGACAAGUUGACUGUAGAUGUCCGGAGGGAAAAAUCGAAAAAGAUGACAACUGUCAAAAAUUUUGCCUUGAUUGCAAUUGCCACGCAUCACAAGAAUGCUUCCUGAAUGAACUUGGCUUUCCUGAUUGCAGAUGUCCUCAUGGACAAGUUGAAAAUGAAGUAUAUGGUAUAAAAUAUUGUCUCGAUUGCAAUUGUCAUCCGACACAAGAAUGCUUCAUAAACGAACGGGGAAUAGCAGAUUGUAAGUGUUCCUCUGGAAAAAUUGAAAAAGAUGUCAAUGAUAUUAAAGUAUGCAUUGAUUGCGACUGUGGAGAUGGAAUUUGUGUACUAGAUGCUAAUAAUAUAAAGAAAUGCCACUGCGGUUCGAAACAAGUAAAAGGUAUCGAUGGAAAAUGCUAUGAUUGUGACUGUGGAGUAGGAAUUUGCAAUCUGAAUGAGAACAACAAAAAGAACUGCCUCUGUGGAUCAGGACAAGCAAAACGAGAAAAUGGAAAAUGUUAUGAAUGCGACUGUGGUGUGUACGGAAUAUGUGAACUUCAUGCGAGUGGUAAGAGAUGCACUUGUGCUCCUUUAACACUUGAGUUAAACGGAAAAUGCAUUGAAUGCGAUUGCGGUUCUCAUGGUUUAUGUCAUUUUGAAUAUGGUAGAAAGAAAUGCGUUUGCAGUCCUUAUUCUGUCGAAAUAGAUGGAAAAUGUGUUGUCAUUGAAUCUAGUACGUCAACUUCUACCACAUCAACUACCACAGAUUCGUCAGGCUUGCUGAGCACAAUUCUUUCAUCAACAAUUCCUGAUUGUUAUUGCGGUCCGAAUUCAAAAUCUUGCUCCUUGGAUUGGGCUGGGAACAAAAAUUGCAGUUGUUAUUCUGGAUAUUCACAAGUCAAUGGAUAUUGUGCUGAAUGCAAUUGUGGUCCUUAUGGCACAUGUAGCUUUGAAUUUGGACAGAAAAAGUGCAUUUGUAAACCAUCUGCAAUUGAAAAGAAUGGAUUAUGCGUUGUUAUAGAAAGUACUACAUCAGACGGAUCAACUUAUUCACUCUUGCCGAGAUCUACAUUUCUUCCUUCAAGUAUACAAGAUUGCUAUUGUGGUGAAAACUCAAAAUUCUGUUACUUUAAUUGGAAAGGUGACAAAGUGUGCGAUUGCUAUCCAGGAUAUUCAGAGGACGACGGUUAUUGCUACGAGUGCGACUGCGGUCCUCGAGGAAAAUGCGCUUUCGAAUUCAGACAAAAGAAGUGCAACUGCGAUCUGUAUACAUCUGUGAAGAAUGGAAAAUGCGUUGAUUGUAACUGUGGUGUCAAUUCCCAACUAUGCUACUUUAGAAGAGAUGGAACCAAAGUUUGUAACUGCAAUUUUGGAUACAGUGAAAUCGGUGGCAAUUGCGAAGCCAUUUGCAAUGACAACAGAUGCGUGAAUGGAAAAUGUGAAAUUGUCGAAAAUAGCUACAAAUGCAGAUGCAAUGAAGGGUUUACUGGACUAAGGUGUGAAGCAAAAGUAGGAGCCAAGCCAUAUACUCCGGAUCUUUGGCACAUUAUUCCAAUUUUCUUUGUGUGUUUCACCUUUAUAUUAAUGUUAGGAGUAUUCUGUUAUGUGCUUUGUUCAAAGCGCCCAAAAGCGUAACUAAUGCUGAAAGUGUUCAAACUCGUGAGCAGCGAACUGAAUUGUGAUUUCAUUCGAUGCUUUCAUUUUGUGAUUAAAAUUUUUGCAUUUUUCUUCCAUAUGUAAAAUAUGUCUUUUGAAAUAAAGAAACUGAUAAUUUCUAA